AUGUAUUUUUCUGGUAUGUCCGAGUCUACUCUGUUACUUUGUAAUAAAACCAUUAAAAUUGAUGAGUUAAUUCAAAAAUGUCAUGCUACGGAUAAAAAAUUAAAAGUAUCCGAAAAAAAGAAUAGACAGUUGACAAAAAAGAAUGAAGCAAAAAUAAAAGAACUUGUUGAAUUACAAACGAACUAUGAAAGCGUUCAGAAUCAUCUAUUUACUGCAAUUCAAAAAUGUACUGAUACUCAAAAGGCUUUGGAAAAAGUGCAACAACAAUAUAAAAAAUGCCAAGAAGAAAAUGAGGAACUAACAGAACAACUUGAGACAAAGCAUAGAAAAUUGAUGAUUCUAGAAAAAGAAGCCACUUUAGAGGCUCUGGAAAAACUAAAACGAAAACAAUCCGAGGACUUUAUGAACAAGUCAAAAUCCAAAGAUCCGUUGUAUACCCUUAAUAUUAAAGUGAGUACAACAGAUAAGGAAGAGAGUGACGAAAUGUUUUGCAAAAAUGAAAUGAGCUUUGAAGAAUCAAUGUUAGCAUUAUCAGAUAAAAAUAACGAGAAAAUUUCAACCGAAUCGAAUGAAAAACAACAUAUGCCUCCACCAACAGGGAAUCCAGUCAUGGAUAAUUCAAUAUUAGCACCAGUUUCUGAUGAAAAUACGAACUAUCCGAUUAAAUUUACGGUUUUACAACUUCCACAGGAAAAUAAUGAAUCACCAAUUGUUGAACUGGCUGAAAAUUAUCCAUCAAUUUUAAUUCAAGUCCCGGAAAAUGCAUAA